UAGUAUUCUUCGAAUCGGACGGUGAAUAGCCGCCAGUGAGAUUGAUUAUCAAAACGACUUUGUGGUUUUAGCUCGUUAGGUGAACGCGAAGGUCCAUGAAAGUUGAUGGAAUUUACGGUACAGAUACAGAGAAGAACAAAAAUGGAUAUAAAUAAAAAAAUAAAAAUCUAGAGAGAGAAGGAAGAAAGGUAACAAAAACCACAUCAUCUAUAUAUCUAUCCUUGGUUAUCGGCCGACCAUAAAAGAGGGUCUCUCUCUUCUCCAAAAGAAAAAGAAAAAAGAAAGACCCUUUUAGGUCUGUUUCUCCGUUUGGAUUUUUUAUAUUUUCAUUUCUAUUGUUCUUCAUCUCUCUCUCUUUGAAGUUUUAGAAUCUUUUUGUGGCAUCCAUGGCGAGGCUUCUAGUUCAUUCAACUAAUAUUCCUGCCUUAUCUCAUGGGGUAAAACAUGGCCUAUCUCAAGAAUCUGAAACAUCAAGGAGGACUGCCACCAAAAUGAUGUGUAGUACACGACCGCCAGCAUUGACAUUAAGAGGAUUCUCAGGCCUUCGAAACUCAAAUUGUUUAGAUACAUUGCUAAGAUCUGGACAAGAUUUCCAUUCCAGGGUUGCAAUCUCAAUGUCCCGUAGGCAACAGAAAGCUAAACGAUUUCUACCUAGGGCUAUGUUUGAGCGCUUCACAGAAAAAGCAAUAAAAGUAAUUAUGCUUGCUCAAGAGGAAGCAAGACGGCUUGGUCACAACUUUGUUGGCACAGAGCAAAUCCUCUUGGGUCUUAUUGGUGAAGGAACUGGCAUUGCUGCUAAGGUGCUCAAAUCUAUGGGAAUCAAUCUUAAGGAUGCACGUGUAGAAGUAGAGAAGAUCAUAGGGAGAGGUAGUGGAUUUGUUGCUGUGGAGAUUCCAUUUACUCCUCGUGCAAAGCGUGUAUUGGAACUCUCGCUGGAGGAAGCCCGCCAACUUGGUCACAACUAUAUUGGAUCUGAGCACUUGCUUCUCGGGUUGCUUCGUGAAGGUGAAGGUGUAGCAGCACGUGUUCUUGAAAAUUUAGGUGCUGACCCCAGUAACAUCCGCACACAGGUCAUUCGCAUGGUGGGUGAAAGCACUGAGAAUAUUCCUGCUCCUGUUGGACCAGGAGGUGGCAGCAAUAAGAUGCCUACUCUUGAAGAGUAUGGAACUAAUUUGACUAAGUUAGCAGAGGAGGGUAAGCUGGACCCUGUUGUUGGAAGACAGCCACAAAUAGAGCGUGUCAUCCAAAUCUUGGGUCGAAGAACUAAAAAUAAUCCAUGCCUUAUUGGAGAGCCUGGGGUUGGGAAAACAGCAAUUGCAGAAGGACUUGCUCAGCGUAUAGCAAGUGGUGAUGUCCCUGAAACAAUUGAGCGAAAGAAGGUUAUUACCCUGGAUAUGGGUCUUUUGGUUGCUGGAACCAAGUAUCGUGGAGAGUUUGAAGAGAGGUUGAAGAAGCUAAUGGAAGAAAUCAAACAAAGUGAUGAAAUUAUUCUUUUCAUCGAUGAGGUGCAUACGUUAAUUGGAGCUGGAGCAGCAGAAGGUGCAAUUGAUGCUGCCAAUAUAUUAAAACCAGCUCUUGCUAGAGGUGAAUUGCAGUGUAUUGGAGCUACCACACUGGAUGAAUACAGAAAGCACAUUGAGAAGGAUCCCGCUUUAGAAAGACGAUUCCAGCCAGUCAAAGUACCUGAGCCAUCUGUAGAUGAAACUAUUCAAAUUCUGAAAGGAUUGCGUGAACGAUAUGAGAUACACCACAAGCUGCGAUAUACAGAUGAAGCCCUAGUAGCUGCUGCACAGUUGUCAUAUCAGUAUAUCAGUGACCGUUUUCUGCCAGAUAAGGCAAUUGACUUGAUUGAUGAAGCUGGUUCUCGGGUUCGCCUUCGCCACGCACAGGUCCCUGAGGAGGCUAGGGAGCUUGAGAAAGAGGUCAGGCAGAUAACAAAGGAGAAGGAUGAAGCUGUUCGCAGCCAAGACUUUGAGAAGGCUGGAGAAUUACGGGACCGUGAAAUGGACCUAAGGGCACAAAUUGCAGCUAUUGUGGAGAAAGGCAAGGAGAUGAGCAAGGCUGAGACUGAGGCAGGGGAUGUUGGUCCUACUGUCACUGAAUCAGACAUUCAGCACAUUGUCUCUUCUUGGACAGGAAUUCCUGUAGAGAAAGUAUCAACUGAUGAAUCUGACCGCCUGCUUAAGAUGGAAGAGACCUUGCACAAGAGAGUCAUUGGUCAGGAUGAAGCUGUGAAAGCCAUCAGUCGCGCUAUUCGCCGGGCCCGAGUUGGACUCAAGAAUCCCAACCGUCCAAUUGCUAGCUUCAUAUUUUCUGGUCCAACUGGUGUAGGAAAGUCAGAAUUGGCAAAAGCGCUAGCUGCCUACUACUUUGGCUCUGAAGAAGCCAUGAUCCGUCUUGAUAUGAGUGAGUUCAUGGAGAGACACACAGUCUCCAAGCUCAUUGGUUCACCUCCUGGUUAUGUUGGUUACACCGAGGGUGGGCAGUUGACAGAAGCUGUUCGGCGUCGACCUUACACUGUGGUGCUCUUUGAUGAGAUUGAGAAGGCUCAUCCUGAUGUCUUCAACAUGAUGCUUCAAAUUCUUGAAGAUGGAAGAUUGACUGACAGCAAGGGUAGAACCGUGGACUUCAAGAAUACUCUUCUGAUAAUGACUUCAAAUGUUGGAAGCAGUGUUAUUGAGAAGGGAGGGCGCAGGAUAGGAUUUGACCUUGAUUAUGAUGAGAAGGACAGUAGUUAUAAUAGGAUUAAGAGCCUAGUGACUGAGGAAUUGAAGCAGUAUUUCAGGCCAGAAUUCUUAAAUAGGUUGGAUGAGAUGAUUGUCUUCAGGCAGCUCACUAAGCUGGAGGUUAAAGAUAUUGCUGAUAUAAUGUUGAAGGAGGUGUUUGACAGGCUGAAGGGCAAAGACAUAGAGCUCCAAGUGACCGAGAGAUUUAGAGAGAGGGUGGUUGAGGAAGGAUAUAAUCCAAGCUACGGAGCAAGGCCACUGAGAAGAGCCAUAAUGAGACUACUGGAGGACAGCAUGGCCGAGAAAAUGCUUGCAGGAGAUAUCAAAGAAGGUGACUCAGUUAUUGUAGAUGUUGAUUCUGAUGGAAAUGUUAUUGUCCUCAAUGGUAGCAGUGGGUCUCCCGAGUCAUUGCCAGAUGCAUUGUCCAUUGUGUAGGCUAAAGCUCCGUCCGAAUCAGCAACCUUUGCCUGCACGUUGCUGCGUUGCUUGUACUGCAUGGUCGUAACUUAAAUUGGCAAUGUAGUUGUAGUCUGUCUUGUUAAAAUGACUACUUGGUAGAAUUGGGGCCAAUGUUUUAUUGCUGGCUGGAUUUGAAGGCUGUACUCAUAUCACCAAUGGAUAUUUGAAUUAGGUGGCAGAUAGUGGGAUCGUGGUAUUUUUGAUUAGCUUUUUAUAAUAAACGGAUAGUCAUUGAUGAGCUUAUAUUUAAGUUUUUUUUUUUUUUCCCCCAUACUCCUUUGUUGUUGUUACUGUUAUGUAAAGUUUCAACCUGCAAUACAGUCUUUCCUCUGUCGCUAAGUUUUUCCCA